UCGAAUAUUCGUUCCAAACUGAUCCAGGCUUCCCGAACAAAUUAUAGAGAUAUGUUACGUUUCCUAAAUAAAUCACCCUAACAUAUCCGACUCAUAUUUCUGUUAGAACGGUCGCCUAGCAUCAACUCUCGAUACACCGUUUUUACUUGUUCCUGGUUUUGAAGGGCUGGUUUGGUCGUUUGUAACAAGGAAAGCAUUGGGAAAGCGACGUUUUUCAUUCCCAUGUUGUCGCCGAAUCAGGACGAACAUGCCCGCUCAAAAGAUCCGGUGAAAUACGGCGAGUUGGUGAUACUCGGGUACAAUGGCUCCCUUCCCGGUGGAGAUAAGGGUCGCAAAAGGAGUCGUUUUGCUCUAUACAGGAGGGCAAAAGCUAAUGGGGUCAAGCCAAGUGCUGUUCACAUCAUCAGCAACCCACACGACAGCAAGGCGGUUAACAGCAGGGGUCAGCACAGUAUCUCCUUCACCCUCUCUAGGAAUCAGACUGUGGUGGUGGAAUAUUGCCAUGACGAUGACACAGAUAUGUUCCAGAUUGGUCGCUCCACUGAGAGCCCCAUAGACUUUGUGGUGACCGAUACGCCGGGUGGGUCAAAAGAGAGUGAGGAUUCCUCUGUUGCCCCCAGCACAAUCUCACGCUUUGCCUGUAGGGUGGUCUGUGAAAGGAACCCCCCCUACACUGCCCGUAUUUAUGCAGCUGGCUUUGACUCCUCCAAAAACAUUUUCCUUGGGGAAAAGGCCACCAAGUGGAAGAACCCAGAUGGUCAUAUGGAUGGGCUCACGACCAAUGGGGUGCUGGUGAUGCAUACCCAGGGUUUCCCUGAAGAGCCAAAGCAGGGCAUGUGGAGAGAGAUUUCUGUCUGUGGAGAUGUCUACACCCUGAGAGAGACCAGAUCUGGACCCGUGCGUGGCCAGUUGGCACAGGGUGAGAGCAGUGCCCUGCAGGAUGGCUCUCUGGUGGAUCUGUGCGGUGCGACCCUGCUGUGGCGCACCGCUGAAGGCUUACUCAAAGCCCCCACCCUGCGUCACUUGGAUGCCCUCCGUCUGGAGCUGAAUGCAGCACGGCCACAGUGCCCCGUUGGCCUAAGCACGCUGGCCUUCCCCAGCCUGCCUCGCAGCCACAGCCUGGAGGAGCGCCAGCCUUGGGCCUACCUCACCUGUGGUCACGUCCAUGGCCGCCACGACUGGGGCCAGCGGCCUGAGCGCACCCGUGACCGGGAGGAAGGGGCCGCCAGUGGCACAGGCGGUAGGCGGGAAUGCCCCCUCUGCCGAUCAGUUGGUCCCUACGUUCCCCUCUGGCUAGGCUGCGAGCCUGCUUUCUACGUGGACGCUGGGGCCCCCACACAUGCCUUCGUGCCCUGCGGUCAUGUGUGCUCAGAGAGGACGGCCAGGUAUUGGGCUGAGACAUCAUUGCCGCAUGGGACCCACGCCUUUCGGCCCACAUGUCCCUUCUGCUCAGCCCCGCUGGUGGGCAUUCCUGGGUUCACCCGCCUUAUCUUCCAAGGGCCCAUAGAUUGAUGAAAUGGCCAGAGAGGGUAGAAGGCAGGACAGGAGUACUGUGGAGACUAGCAUUUUUCUCAGGAAUGUGUUCAUACUGUAGAUGCACAUGCUAAAAUGACAUCUACUGUUGCUUCCCUUAGAGUAUGUACACACUAAACUCAGCAUGUGUAUUCUUUGUUUGGAAUACAUUCCUGAGUUAUCCUGGUUAAAAGCCAUCCUUAAAUUCGUUAGAUUUUCCGUUGUUUUUCUCAUUCAUUCUGCUGGUGGUGAUCAAAAAGGCAAGGCUUUCCCUAGGCCAUAUCAGCAUGCUCAGAUGGGCUACUGGGCUGGUUCAUGUUUGGUGGCAUUUGAAAUAUGUGUUCAAAGAACCAUAACAUUACCCAAAGCUCUUAAGGUUGGCACUGACAAUUGCAUUAUUAUUGGUUUUAGCAUAAUUUAAAAAAAAACAAAAGCUUACUCCUUGGAAAGUCUGUAUUCAAAAACGUCCCAUGUUUGGACAGUGCCAGACAGAACUUGUGAAUCCAUUAAACAACAGUAUCUCUUGAGUCCCAAUUCACACUAAAACCCCCAAUUAUUGCAUGCUGUUUAUUAAACCUUUGGAUACUUAUAUUAAUGCUUUUGGAUCAGUCUCUGUUCUGCUUCUUAGUUUUGUUGCUUUUUUUUUAGUUUUUAGAAGUCUCAAGAUAUAAAUUCACAGGAUGGGUAUUCAUAAGAAAUAAUUCUGUAAGACCUAACAUCCAGCCUUUAAUCAAGGGACUAAAUUUCCAGUGCACUGUCACACUCCCUUCUCCUUUGCCUUCUUUUUACCCAUCUUUGGCCAAUUUCAGUGCUUUCUGAAUUUAUGAUCUUUGAUUUCAUCUCACUUGACACACUUGCAAGGACACACCCCUACGCAACACUCAUCUUAAGCAAUAAACAGAAUUACUAGAAUUAAGCUAUAGCUUAGCUGACAGAUGCAAUGACUUAAAUGUGUGCUACCUGAUUCUGACUUAAACAUGGUUGAGCUCGGCCUUUGAUUGAAGGGCUUUACCAAGUCGAGAGUAAUGUAGCCUUUGUGAUUUUUCUUUUAUAGAUUGUUAUUGGUAUUAUUAUUGUUUUAGCAUUUAAAUGACCUUAGAAGUUGUAGCUACAGUAUUUAGAGUAGUUAAGAAAAAGUCAAGAUGUCAUAUUUUUAUACAUGAUUAUUGUGUUACUAACUUUGACUCAAGGUCAGAUUUUUUUAUAUACAAGUGUUGCAUAUAGCAGUAUAUUUGCUAUAUAUAUAUAUAUAUAUAUACUACACACACACACACACACACACACAGAUACAUACAUACAUACAUUGUGUUUGUGUGUGUGUGCGUGUGCGUGCAUAUAUGAUUUGAGUUCUGGAGAGUUCACAGCUGAUGUAAGUAUGCCUCACUGUGUCACACUACUAUGGCAUAGGAAGCCCUAAAUACAAAUAUGAUGAAUGUACUAUUCCACUGCUUAGGUAAAAUUCUUCCUUGGUGCUAGCCGUCAUAGAAUUUAAAGGAUUCAUAUGUAUUUUUUAUCACACGUUCACUGCAAUCCUUGAAUGUGUUUGAAUGUUUUGGUCAAUGUGAGGCACACAUUCCCCUGCUAAGUCGCCCAUGCUCCUGCAGGCCUCACACUGUGCAUCUUUUAGCAUUCUAGAUAAGAUAAGCUGCAUAACAACUGUAGGGUGUAAAGAAAGAUAAGCUCUCCUUUACCUCAUGCAAGAGAAGAAAUCUCAAUUUAACCACAUAUUUUUAUAUUGAUAAAAUUGGUGCAUGCUGGGUUUUUGGCUUUUCCUCUUUGUUGCCAUAAUGUAAUUCACAUCUGCUAAAUUGCAUUUCUCUGUGAUUUGUGAUUCCUUUUUCAAGAGACUUGUGGUGUUCUUUGCUCUCUGUUGCAUUGUGCCAAUGAGAAUAUGCAUUUACUAUUAUCCUGAGCUGGUCAACCACUAAAAUUGGAUGAUGAUUGAAUGGCCAAACUUUGGUUUUGUUGCUCACUGAGACCAUGGUCAAGUUCAGAUGUCUUUGAAGCAGCAUGUUCAGUCAGUUGCCAGUGUAGUCAGAUACCCACCUUGUUUUAAACUGAAGUUGUGUGUUGCAGCAGGCUGUUGCUCUAGCAUAGAUUAUUCCAUGUCUUCCACAUGGUUCAAAAAUGCUGUUCUGCCCCCAUUCUUAAUCUGCUAAGGGCUUUUUGAUUCACUGGUCCCCUGCAGACUGAUAAUGGGUGUCCUCAGGUUUACACAAGUAAAAGUUUACACUCUACCCAGGGUCUCUAUUCUCUGAAUGCAUAUGGCACUGUUAGCAGGGCUAUAGGGGUGUGUGUGCACUGUUAGCAGGGCUAUAGGGGUGUGUGUGUG